CACAGGGGUCUGUACAAGGACGUGAUGAUGGAGAAUCACCGGCCCCUCACAUCACUGGAUGGACCCAGUAACAGAGAUACCCCAGAGAGAUGUCUCCGUCCUCUGUAUUCCCAGGAUUGUACAGAGGAGAAUCACAGGAUCCCACAGGAGGAUCAGGAUGAAUGUCUCACUGACAUUAAGAUAGAAGAUACAGAGGAAGAAAAAGAGACGUAUGUGACGGAUAUAAAGGCAGAAGAUUUAGAGGGAGAAGAAGAGACGUAUGUGACUGAUAUAAAGGCAGAAGAUAUACAGGGAGAAGAAGAGACGUAUGUGACUGAUAUAAAGGCAGAAGAUAUAGAGGGAGAAGAAGAGACGUAUGUGACUGAUAUAAAGGCAGAAGAUAUAGAGGGAGAAAAAGAGACGUAUGUGACUGAUAUAAAGGCAGAAGAUAUAGAGGGAGAAGAAGAGACGUAUGUGACUGAUAUAAAGGCAGAAGAUAUAGAGGGAGAAGAAGAGACGUAUGUGACUGAUAUAAAGGCAGAAGAUAUAGAGGGAGAAGAAGAGACGUAUGUGAGGGGUGAUCAGCAGUCUAAGAAGGAGGACAUCCCUACAGAUAUCAGCACAGCAGAUGGACACACAAGCAGGAAUAUCUCAGAAGGACAUCUAAUGUUAUCCCCGGAUUGUGACAUAAAAGAUAAUGACAGUAGACAGGAUUCUCCAGGAGAUAACCCCAUUACCCCAAUUAUACAUCCAGCUCUAUCAACUGGUCCCUCUGAUCCUGGGAAAUGUUCUCCUGAUCACUCUGAUAUUGGUGCAUCUGUUCCAGCUCUGACAGUAGAUACAGUGUUUCCCUGUUCUAUAGAUGCCAAAUGUUUUACACAGAACACAAAGCUUAUUACCCAUCAGACAGGUAAGGCAGGUGAGAGGCCAUUUCCAUGCUCUGAGUGUGGGAAAUAUUUUACCUGGAAAUCACAACUUGUUACACAUCAGCGAAGUCACACAGGUGAGAAGUCAUUUCCAUGUUCUGAGUGUGGUAAAUGUUUUGCACACAAAUCUGAUCUUAUUAGACAUAACAGAAGUCACACAGGUGAGAAGGCAUUUUCUUGCUCUGAGUGCGGGAAAUGUUUUAUCCGGAAAUCACAACUUGUUGCACAUCAGCGAAGUCACACAGGUGAGAGGCCAUUUCCAUGUUCUGAGUGUGGAAAAUAUUUUACCUGGAAAUCACAACUAGUUACACAUCAGCGAAGUCACACAGGUGAGAAGUCAUUUCCAUGUUCUAAGUGUGGGAAAUGUUUUGCACACAAAUCAGAUCUUAUUAGACAUAACAUAAGUCACACAGGUGAGAAGCCAUUUUCUUGCUCUGAGUGCAGGAAAUGUUUUAUCCGGAAAUCCCAACUUGUUACACAUCAGAGAAGGCAUACAGGUGAGAGGCCAUUUCCAUGUUCUGAGUGUGGGAAAUGUUUUGCAUGCAAAUCAGACCUUGUUAUACAUCACAGAAGUCACACAGGUGAGAAGCCAUUUUCUUGCUCUGAGUGCGGGAAAUGUUUUAUCCGGAAAUCAAAACUUGUUACACAUCAGAGAAGGCAUACAGGUGAGAGGCCAUUUCCAUGUUCUGAGUGUGGGAAAUGUUUUAUAUGCAAAUCAGAUCUUGUUAUACAUCAGAGAAGUCACACAGGUGAGAAGCCAUUUUCUUGCACUGAAUGUGGGAAAUGUUUUACACAGAAAUCACAACUUGUUACACAUCAGCGAAGUCAUACAGGUCAGAGGCCAUUUCCAUGUUCUGAGUGUGAGAAAUGUUUUGCACACAAAUCAGUUCUUGUUAAACAUCAGAGAAGUCACACAGGUGAGAAACCAUUUCCAUGUUCUGAGUGUGAGAAAUGUUUUGCACACAAUUCAGCUCUUGUUUUACACCACAGAAGUCACACAGGUGAGAAACCAUUUUCUUGCUCUGAGUGUGGAAAAUGUUUUACACAAAAAUCACAACUUGUUACACAUCAGCGAAGUCACACAGGUGAGAAAAAAAGGGGACGGCACCUGGGCCCCCGCCUACUCUCUGUCCCCGGCUCCCUGUUACGUCAUUAUCAGAGCUUAGACUCAUUCCCACAAGGCAGCAGGAGCAGAGAGCAGCCAUUGCUGUGUCUGGCAGCAGAUGGGCCCAGUAACAGAGAUACCCCAGAGAGAUGUCCCCGUCCUCUGUAUUUCCAGGAUUGUACAGAGGAGAAUCACAGGAUCCCACAGGAGGAUCAAGUAGAAUGUCUGUCUGAUAUUAAAAUAGAAGGUACAGAGGUAGAAGAAGAGACGUAUGUGACUGAUAUAAAGGCAGAAGAUAUAGAGGAAGAAGAGACGUAUGUGACUGAUAUAAAGGCAGAAGAUAUAGAGGGAGAAGAAGAGAUGUAUGUUACUGAUAUAAAGGCUGAAGAUAUAGAGGGAGAAGAAGAGACGUAUGUGAAUGAUAUAAAGGCAGAAGAUAUAGAGGGAGAAGAAGAGACGGAUGUGACUGAUAUAAAGGCAGAAGAUACAGAGGGAGAAGAAGAGACGUAUGUGACUGAUAUAAAGGCAGAAGAUACAGAGGGAGAAGAAGAGACGUAUGUGACUGAUAUGAAGACAGAAGAUAUAGAGGGAGAAGAAGAGACGUAUGUGACUGAUAUAAAGGCAGAAGAUAUAGAGGGAGAAGAAGAGACGUAUGUGAGGGUUGAUCAGCAGUGUAAGGAGGAGGAGAUCCCUACAGAUAUCAGCACAGCAGAUGGACACACAAGCAGGAAUAUCUCAGAAGGACAUCUAAUGUUAUCCCCGGAUUGUGACAUAAAAGAUGAUGACAGUAGACCGGAUUCUCCAGGAGAUAACUCCAUUACCCCAAUUAUACAUCCAGCUCUAUCAGCUGAUCCCUCUGAUCCUGGGAAAUGUUCUCCUGAUCACUCUGAUAUUGGUGCAUCUGUUACAGCUCUGACAGUAGAUACAGUGUUUCCCUGUUCUAUAGAUGCCAAAUGUUUUACACAGAAAACAAAGCUUAUUACCCAUCAUCCAGCUAAGGCAGGUGAGAGGCCACUGAUAUGUUCUGAGUGUGGGAAAUGUUUUACAAAGAAAUCAUAUCUUGUUAUACAUCAGAGAAGUCACACAGGUGAGAAGCCGUUUUCCUGUUCUGAGUGUGGGAAAUGUUUUACACAGAAAUCAGCUCUUGUUACACAUCAGAGAAGUCACACAGGUGAGAAGCCAUUUUCCUGUUCUGAGUGUGGGAAAUGUUUUGCAUUGAAAUCAGUUCUUGUUAAACAUCAGAAUAGUCACUCAGGUGAGAAGCCGUUUUCCUGUUAUGAGUGUGGGAAAUGUUUUGCACGCAACUCAAAUCUUGCUACACAUCAGAGAAAUCACACAGGUGAGAAGCCGUUUUCCUGUUCUGAGUGUGGGAAAUGUUUUACAAAGAAAUCAACUCUUGUUAUACAUCAGAGAAGUCACACAGGUGAGAAGCCGUUUUCCUGUUCUGAGUGUGGGAAAUGUUUUACAAAGAAAUCCGCUCUUGUUACACAUCAGAGAAGUCACACAGGUGAGAAGCCGUUUUCCUGUUCUGAGUGUGGGAAAUGUUUUACACAGAAAUCAGUUCUUGUUACACAUCAGAGAAGUCACACAGGUGUGAAGCCGUUUUCCUGUUCUGAGUGUGGGAAAUGUUUCGCAAUUAAAUCAGUUCUUGUUAAACAUCAGAAUAGUCACUCAGGUGAGAAGCCGUUUUCCUGUUCUGAGUGUGGGAAAUGGUUUACACAGAAAUCAUCUCUUGUUACACAUCAGAGAAGUCACACAGGUGUGAAGCCGUUUUCCUGUUCUGAGUGUGGGAAAUGUUUCACACAGAAAUCACAUCUUGUUACACAUCAGAGAUGUCACACAGGUGAGAAGCCAUUUUCAUGCUGUGAGAGAAAUAAAUCCGCUCUUGUUGAACACAUUAGACAUUACCCAAGUACGGAACCAUUUAAAUCUUCUGGAGUAUAAUCAUCACUGUCGUCCAAUGUUCCUCAAGGGUGAAUCCUAUCUCCUAUGCUUUAUAAAAUAUACAUGCUACCACUGGGUAAUAUAAUCAGACGUCAUGGCCUGGUCUACCACUGCUAUGCAGAUGACCUGCUUUUUGCUCCAUGUACUGAGAACCUAAUACCAAUAAAUGGUUGUCUAGCUGAGCACCAGGGGUGGAUGAUGCCAGUUGGCUAUGACUCAGUCUUUGUGAAACAUAAUAGAAGCUCACCAACAAAGGACAAGACUACAGCUUUACCAACCAUCUGGAUUUAUGCUUUGGUGUUCAGAAUCGCAAAAUACUGAACGUGUGCUGAAUCUUUGUGUUGUCCUAGUAUGUGGCUGACACAGACAUCAGGUAUCUGCCACAUACAAAUCCUCAUUCUUCCAUCUGUGGACCAUAGCCAGAAUCAAACAUUUGAUUCCCUCGGAAGUUCAUAGACUACUGCAAUGCCAUCUACCUGGGUCACCCAGCAAAAUAAAUACAGAGCUUGCAGAUAGUACAUAAUGCAGCAGCCAAGCUGUUACCUAACCAGCCCGUUCCUGCCACAUAACACCCAUUCUCUGCUCCCUUCACCGGCUGCCUGUAAGAUGACAAAUCUAUUUCAUAAUUGGCUAACUGACCUUCCCAGCCCAACAUUACAUGGUCCAAGGUGCUAGAAGCAGCUUCUGUCUCCUUACUGCCCUGCUUGCUUGCUUCUACAGAUGAAGGACUGUUACCAGCAGUACCAAGAAUCUCCUGUCAUUCAUUUAAGGGUCAAAUUUUUAACUUUGCAGCCCUUACCAUGGAACGUACUGCCUUGCACAGUCCAAGAGACCACCACUCUAGAGAACAUCACAAAUAGACUGAUGACUGCUACUCACGCUUUUCAUUAAUGUACCUCUAUUUACUUCCUAAAUAAUACAUCCUAAAUGCUUAGGUCUUUUUUCUGCUGUUUAUUUUGUAUCUUGUGCUUUGUGUAAAUGUGAAUGUCUAAUACCAGUUUGCACAAUCUGUAUUGCUGCACGACAAUAUGGCGGCCAUUGGAACAUGUUUUCACUUCUAGUUUGCCUAACUUGUUGCAGACACUCAUCUUGAUCAGGAGUGCUGAGUGUUUUCUGAUACAAGAUCCUGUCCAUAUAUACCCUGUACAUUAUCAUGUGCAUUAGAGUCACCCGGGUUCCAUCUGCGGUGGUUUGUUGUAUGUUACAUCUAUAUGGUGCGGAUACUCCCCUGUAUGAUUUCAUAAUAAAAGCUUUUGUUUGCAUCUAA